AUGGUAGAAGGUAUGGGAGGAAGUAAGAGUGAAGGUUACAUCAAAUUUAAAGAGCUAUGUGUGACUGCUUACAAUAUUUUGAGAAAGUCGGCUCACUUGAUUUUGAACAUGUUUAUUCUCAUGAUUGAUGCCAAUAUUCGUGAUUUGGAACAUGGUGCAGGUAUGGAUCCUAUUAGAAAUAUCAUGAAAGUUCAGGAAAAGUUUAAACUUGACCUAAAUGAUCAAGAAGCAAACGUCUACAUGCAAAGUAUUAUCAAUGAAAGUGAAAAAGCUCUCUUCCCUCAACUCAUGGAAAAUAUCCACAGAUGGGCUCAAUAUUGGAGAUCCUAA